CCUGUCGACUCCAUCAAUUUCAGAAUAUUUUCGACGGUGAAUAGUCUUGCCUAUAUCACUAUUUGGACCCGCCUCUACGCUAAAGAGUGGUGGUCCCACAGCAGGUCUGCGAAGCCGAUCAUGCAGGUGGUUGACUGGAUGGAUGCAGUCAAUCGAGCCACUUCUUGACACCAGACUCGUGGCUUGUGCAAAUCAGACAACAAUUGUUGAAUUGCAGACAUGGGUAGGCAGUCACAUCUUGCCAGGUUGGCAUUGGGCAGAUCGCCGUUCGAAGCGCCGUUGCGUGAUGAAGAAGGAGAUUUUAUCGUUGGGCCAAACACCCAGCGUAACAAUGCCUCUGGAUACAUUCAGGAGUUCGACGCCAGGGGUCACCCUCACAACGAGAGAUCAGAACAUUCUCGGUUAAAGCUGAGACGGGCGCAGAACGAUGUCCUUUCAAUUGUUGGCGUGGUUGUCAAGCGCGCUGAGACCAAUCAAAGCCGCUGGGAUGCGAUGACGUCCAAACAGAAAGACCAACAACUCUCGGACGAGACUGUCGCCGGCACCCUAUGCAGAUCCCUCGCUGAGGUCUAUCGCAGACUAUCGACUCGUUGGAUCGUUGCAAUGCGACGACGGACAAUGUGCUUCCGGUCACAUCUAGGCCUACCCUUUACGAGCACAAUCGUUUCAGAGUGGAAUACCGUCGGCGCCAGAGCAUUCUUCUUCGGGGGUUAUCCCCUAGCAGCUGUCUCAGAGAUCAGCCAGACUUUCAGAAACAAUAUUCUCGAAGAGAAUCUUGUGAUAGAGCCCACCAGACUUUUUAGGGUGUCAAAGUUCCGAAGGUGGCUAGCCUUUUUGCGACGAGAAUGCCUCCAAGUCGCGUGGUUUACCUUAGAAUACCCGUUCUACGCCUGCUCUGUGCUUCAAACACUUUCGAUUCUCCCUCACACUUUGAUUCCACCUCUGUGGGCAUUCUUACCGGUAGACGUGGACUCCUCGUGGGGAUCUUGGCCAGUUCUGGAGACAGGUUCCAUAUCAGGUAUCAUACAGAAGACACAAGCUGUGCUACUGCAUCCAUUCGUGCUUGCCUACAUACAGGACCGACUGGGACGUCUUUUAUUCCUACGGGUCCAUCGCAUGGUUUAUCGUCUUGUUCCCAGACCUGAACGGCCAGAUGGUGUGUCAAUAGUUCACUCACGGCGCUUCGUCUAUCCUGAAGCUGGUAUGACGUUGCUUCAGCGAAUCCGCUCGAAGGCGCAGGAAACAAGCAAACAAGACGUGAUCCGUUUGUGCGAAAAUGUGCUCUGUGUUGUCUUCAAUUUCUGGGAAAGAAAUUUUCAGGUCCGAAGAGGAUUUUUGCCGGUCGAAAUGUGUGCUCAGUUGAAACACACCUUCUUUCAACGCGUGGCUACUUAUUACUCCGAUAUGAACCGACGAAAUCGAGAUCCCAGGUCCCGAGUACGAUUGCCGGAUCAAACGUUACGGAUAUUGGCUUUACAAUAUACAAUGAGCGAUCACCACAUUGACACAGUCGAGGUUGAUUUGGCUACAGAUCUUUCCAUGGAUGAUGCGGCUUCGGUCAGCUCCAUCAGCGGAUCGACUUCAACUCCCGAUCCUCAUGAUCUCGAUAUUGAGAUGACAGCACAAGAAGUCGACGACACAGCUCAGACUGUUGGUGCAGUCUUGGAACGGGCAUCAUCGACACGCGAGAGUGUUGAGCAGGGGCACAAUUCGCCUGACGUCGCAGGACAAGACGCGCCAAACACUGUGCAAGACUUAGAUGAGAUUUUGGGCGACCCAGAGCCACCAACUCCAACAUGGCAGACGCUGGUUGAAGAAUCCGGUGCAAGGAAUGAGAUGGAGGAAACAUGGCCAAGAGUCAGCACUCCAAUACCUGGAAUUUCUCGUGCUUCCAGCCUAGCCCAAGCUAUGCCACGACCAGUACGCCGUCCGACAGAAAUUGAGGAGGGGCCAGUGCCAGUGGAGGAGGAAAACAUCUUUCGGCCUCGCCAAUCGAGGGGGGGCAAGGGGGGGCGCAGAGUUGGUGUGAGAUAUCGGUUGACGAGACUGUCCACUCACGGGGCCGAAUUUUUGACUCGCAGUGUGGCAUCGUUGGUCAAGUCGGUAUUGAUGCUUCCGAUUGAUAUUUUGUUCUUCAGAUCUCUGGCGAACUGGGCUCUUGCUUCAGAAGCGGUUCUGGGGAGUAAACUGGGGAUCAAAGCACGUGCGGCAGACCUUUGGCCUCUCCUGGAUCUUUCAGGGUUGAAAUCAAUGCACUUCUGGAAUGCAUGGGCUCUAAGCCUGGGACUGGAAGCCCUUAUAACUCUAGGGGUGUGGAGGACGACGACACGAAUUGCCUUGGAUUUAGGGACCGAGCUGUGUGGCUGGGGUCAAUUUUGAUUGGAUCCCGCCUGGUACUAGAUUAUCCAAUGUCACAAUAAAGAG